UGGAAUGGACGCAACGGAGGCGGAUGUGACGUCAGUACUCGCUGUCAGGAAGCACACGGAGAGAGUUCCCGAUCCAAUAGCGCGCGUGUUCGCCACGCUUCUUGACACUUGUCCCGCGUUCACUGCCUAAGGGGCUAAGAAGAAACUUCUAGCGUAGAGGAACGUGAAGGUGUCAUUGAAUCUCAUGGCAGAAUACUUGAUGACCCGACCGACCGGUGAUAACGUUGCCGAGGACGGACUAACGGGACAACAGUUGGUAAACGGAGGAGAUGGACUCACAUACAAUGACUUCCUCGUUCUGCCUGGAUACAUUGACUUUACUGCAGAUCAAGUGGACCUGACCUCGUCGCUCACCAAACAAAUCACAAUGAAAACUCCCUUCAUCUCCUCCCCCAUGGACACAGUCACUGAGGCCAGCAUGGCAAUUGCUAUGGCAUUAACAGGGGGUAUCGGCUUUAUCCACCACAACUGCACCCCAGAGUUCCAAGCCAAUGAAGUCCGUAAAGUCAAGAGGUAUGAGCAGGGCUUCAUCACAGAUCCGGUGGUGAUGAGCCCUCAUCACCUCGUGCGGGACGUCUUUCAGGCCAAGGCCCGGCAUGGCUUCUGUGGUAUUCCCAUCACAGCUGAUGGAAAAAUGGGGAGCAAACUGGUUGGAAUCAUCUCUUCGCGAGACAUCGAUUUCCUCAAGGCGGAGGAACACAACCUACCUCUCAGUGAGGUGAUGACAAAGCGAGAGGAUCUUGUGAUUGCUCCUGCUGGGGUCACACUGAAAGAAGCCAAUGAAAUCCUCCAAAGGAGUAAGAAAGGCAAACUCCCCAUUGUGAAUGAAGAUGGCUGUCUGGUGUCCAUCAUUGCCCGAACUGACCUGAAGAAGAAUAGAGACUUCCCUCUGGCCUCCAAAGAUUGCCGCAAGCAGUUGCUAUGCGGUGCCGCCAUCGGCACGCACAACGAUGACAGAUACCGUCUGGACCUGCUGGUGCAGAGUGGGGUGGAUGUGAUUGUAGUGGAUUCUUCUCAGGGUAAUUCAAUAUUCCAGAUCGACAUGAUCAAAUAUAUCAAAGACAACUACCCAAACCUUCAGGUCAUUGGUGGCAAUGUGGUGACUACUGCUCAAGCUAAAAACUUGAUUGAAGCAGGAGUAGAUGGACUGAGAGUCGGAAUGGGUAGUGGGUCUAUCUGCAUCACACAGGAAGUACUGGCGUGCGGCAGACCUCAAGCCACAGCAGUCUAUAAAGUAUCCGAGUAUGCCAGACGGUUCGGAGUGCCCGUAAUCGCUGAUGGUGGCAUCCAGACCGUCGGACAUAUCACUAAAGCCCUGGCACUAGGCGCAUCCACAGUGAUGAUGGGCUCUCUGCUCGCUGCAACCAACGAAGCUCCUGGUGAGUAUUUCUUCUCCGAUGGCAUCAGGCUAAAGAAAUACCGCGGCAUGGGCUCCUUGGAUGCCAUGGACAAAAACCUGGGGUCCCAGACGAGAUACUUCAGUGAAAGUGACAAAAUCAAAGUGGCUCAAGGAGUCUCGGGAGCUGUGCAGGACAAGGGCUCCAUCCACAAGUUUGUUCCCUACCUGCUGGCUGGCAUUCAACAUGCCUGUCAGGACAUCGGCACCAAAAGUCUCACUCAACUCAGAGCUAUGAUGUACAGCGGACACCUGAGAUUUGAAAAGAGAACUGCAUCGGCUCAAAUGGAGGGCGGCGUCCACGGUCUGCACAGUUAUGAGAAGCGCCUGUUUUGACGAGUCUUUCCCACAACGGUGCCAGAAGUCUCAAGGUCUUCUUGUCAUAUUAUCCUGUUAGUUAUCAUGCAUAUACACAUGACCUCAGAACAUUUUUAUUCAUCAAGUCUUCCAGUUAUUUCAUGUCUUCUAUGCAUCCUUGAAUAAUGUGUAACACAACUAAGCCUUAUCAGUCAAUGCGCACGUGACUGCAGUCUAAUGCCUUCCAUGUUAUUUGUCAGCUAUAAAGCUGUUCAUUUUCAAAUAAAUUUUUUUUUCCAUAAACAAUCCUUGUUUACUUAUGUUCAGUAGACAAAUAUUUUUAAGAAGAUAAUCAAAUUUGCAAUUUGAGCCUAUAGUGGCUAUAUAUAUAUUUUUUUCCCCCCUAAGUUGUUGAAUAGGAAUAUUCUAACUGGAAUAACACCAAGAGACUUAAAAUGUCGUGUUAUUAAUUGGUAUUUUUUCUCCACACAUCUUGACAAAAGUAUAUCGAGCUUGUGAUCGUGACGUCACCAUUUUCACGGCCACAUAUUGCCGGUCAAAAAGAGCUGUUCGACAGUGUGGUGGACAUUGAACCGGAGCAGAAUAUUCACAAUGCCCGAGACUUGUUGUGCUGUUGGUUGUUGUAACAGACGAGACAGAUAUUCAAAGAGAUCAUUCUUUAGAAUACCAGCUGAAAAGAUGGGAAAAGAUUGAUGGAUUUU